AUGAGAAAGAUCACUGUUAUUCCCACUGUUACAGCCCUCCUAGUUUUAUUACUUGGUGUGGCUUACUUCAGAAUACCAACAUCACUCUUUUUCGAUGUAAUGCACGAUAGAAAUGGCGAUUGGCGUAUACCAACAAAUGGAAAAGUCACCAGAGUUACAACAACAAUUAUCAACAAACUUCCUCGCAUCGACAUAUCAUUUUCCGUUAUUGACCAGCAAUUUGAUAUGGACAAUGAGCAAUAUAUUCAAUCGACAAUUAUGUAUAUUAUGAUUCCAGGUAUCAUCGGUUUAGUCUUCAUGAUAGUUGUGAUUUCACUUAUGCUCGGCAGAUACUUCUGCAACUGCUGCGGUGGCAAAAACGUUCGCAGAAAAGGUUAUCGUGAAAGUAACAUUAACUUCUAUCGUUACGCUAUCAUUGUUAUAUCUUUCUUCUUAGAAGCUGUUCUCAUCUACGGCUAUUUUGCUAACACUGAUCUUCACAAGGGACUUAAGAUUCUCACAAACAAUUUCAAUUUAACUUCCGUUGAAUUAAAAGCCCAGUUUGACAAGGUUGAAUUAGAAAAUGCCUCAACAUACAACUACUCUGUCGAUAUUACAAAUGAAGACCUUCAAAAAGACCUUGCUUUUUCACUCAGAUAUGCUCAAGGACAAGCAACAGAAACUCGUCUCUUCUUCAAGAAAUACGAAAUCUUCCGUAUGCUCGUCAUCAUUUUUAACCUCAUCCUCUCUACAAUUGGCUGUUCAUUAGGUAUUGCUGCUGGUUCUGUCCAUAAAGGAAGUCCAGUCCUUAUCAUGGUUAUAUUGUUUGCUAUAUCAGAUUGCUUGUUCUUCUUCUCAUUCGGUAUCCAUCUUGCAGGCUCCAAACUUGUCCUCGAUUACUGUUCAGAAAUUGAAGAUUACACUUCACCUAAGAACGACGAAUUCUUACCAAUGCGUCUUCAAUACUUCGUUCCUUGCGUUUCUUCUCCUGUAUAUCCAUUCAUCCAGGACCGCUUCAUUUACAAAUGCUUGACAUCGUUAGACGAAUUCAAGGAUCUUUGUAAUAAAUCUAAUUGUACUGAUCUUCACAAAAAUAUUACGUGGGAUCAAAUUAUAAAUGAGAGUAUAACAGCUGAAUCAUUCUUUUAUCCAGGUGAAGCUACAGCAAAUCAUGAUAAUAUUACAACUCAUUUAGCUGAUACAAAGAAGAAGUGCGUUGCUACGAUGGUUAUAGAGAACUCCACAACCUGCAGAUGGUCAAAGAAUACAAUUUACCAGGACAAGUUCCUUCUCUGCACAUAUACAAAGGAUAACCUAUAUAUGAUGAUGAUUACUCAGUUUGCCGGCUCUAUACUGCUUGUCAUCCUUACAAUCCUUGGUAUCCCUGCUAUCAAGAGAUUCAAGUAUGCUGGUAACGCUAACAUCAAUGGUAUCCUUGAUGCUAACAAGCGCUUCAUGGGUCGUCACGCUAAGGCCAAAAGAACUGUUUAA